GGGGCAAAAUUGAACCAUGCGCAGAAAAACAUGUAUGGAAAUGUUGCACUGUCUUCAACUUUAACUACUUUAAUUCAAUUUUCAACAUAAAAAUAAUCAUUAUUCUUUGAAAUCUACAUUAUUAGACCAAAAAAGUGAAAAUGAAAUUUCAAUUCGUCAUGCACACAAAUAAUGUUAUUUUCUAAUUCGAGUAAAAUUUAACUUUGUACAUCGUACAAAAACAAAGAUCUAGUCAUUUUAUUUUCAUUAAAAUGUUUGUAUUUUUUCAAGUGAAAUUAAAUUUUUUGACGUAAAAAUAACUCGUAUAAUAAUCUGAGUGUUAUGGAAAUGAAAACUUCGAAGUCGGCUGUGCUUGUUUUAAUGUUUAUACUGAUGCUAUCAAUACUUGUCGCUAAUGUUGUAAAUUUGAUAAAUGUUGAUUCCAGUAUAGUAAACAGUGAGUCUUUCCAAAAAACAACAGAUUCUAUUGAUCAACAUUCAUAUCAAGCAAAAAAAUAUGAAAUUGGACAUUCAUUUGAAAGUCUUAUGUGGUUUUUACAGAUCUCUGACAUCCACAUAAGUAUAUUUCGUGAUCCCUCUAGAAUAAUAGAACUGAAAGAAUUUUGCGAUGAAACGAUUGAUGCAAUCAAACCAAUAGUUGUUCUUGCCUCUGGCGAUUUGACUGAUGCUAAGACCAGCGAUAAAAUGGGUUCAAGACAAAUAUUGGAGGAAUGGCAGCAUUAUAAAAGAGUUUUAGAAGAAAGUCACGUUGUCAACAGAACAGUUUGGCUAGAUGUCAGAGGCAAUCAUGACAAUUUCAACGUUAUGAAUAUUAAAUCGAAAGAAAAUUAUUUUGCCAACUAUUCAAUUCAAGGCAAAAAAUAUCCACGUUCUUAUAUGCAUCAAGUUUUAGUGGGAGGUGAAAUUUACUCUUUUAUUGCUAUCGAUGCGUGUUUGCAACCAGGACCUAGGCGACCAUUUAAUUUUGUUGGCGCUUUAAAUGAAAAGGAAGUAGAAAAAAUUCAUCGCCUGGUUCAAACUUCGAGGGCAAACAAUGGAGAUUAUAUUAUUUGGUUUGGGCAUUAUCCAACGUCGUGUAUUUUAGCGCAAUGUGAAGGUGGCGUUAGAAGCAUUCUAGGUAGGUAUAGAGAAGGUUUGGCAUAUCUUUGCGGACAUUAUCAUAUGUUUGGAGGUGUUGUACCUAACAUGUAUACGAUGCAACACGCGGGCUUCUUAGAAUUAGAAUUGGCAGAUUGGAAAGACAAUAGAAUGUAUCGACUUGGGGCAGUAGAUCACGGUCAAUUCUCCUUUGUUGAUGUAAAUCAUCGAGAAUGGCCUGUAGCGCUAAUUACUAAUCCAAAACAUGCCAUGUUUGCCAUGCCUCAAAAAGAGAAUCUACAAUCUAUUGUUCAAUCUUCGCACAUUAGGGUAUUGGCAUUUUCAUUAGCUCCUAUUACGAAAGUUGAAGUGAAAGUAAAUAAUGAUUUAUGGCUUCAAUGUAGAAAUGUAAAGGGGCCUCUUUUUGUAACGAGAUGGAAUACAUCCAAUUAUCUAAUCGGAGUUCAUAAUAUUCAAGUUCGAGUUGCAGAUAGUGAUGGCAGAGAAAGAACUGUAACACAAUCAUUUUCCUUAGAUGGCACCAGACUAUCAUUCAGCGUUCUUCCACGAUUAAUUCUCAUGUCCAAUGUCAGCCAUAUUUUCCAGUUCCUUUUUGGAAGUACUCUAUUGUUAUUAAUUAUUCCCCUAUGCAUACUGCGAUUCAUGCACAUGCUUUAUCAAGAAAAAUACAGAGAACCUCCUAGAUUACGCAUUCGGAUUUUCCAAAAACUAGUCAGAAAAUUGUGGAUAUUAUCUAGUAUUGACAGACUUUUCUUCCCAUUAAUUUUUUAUGAAGUCUAUCUGGCUAUUGGACCCUGGAUUAUUGGUGAAGUGAUCGAGGAUAAUGUGGGCGUAGUAUUUGCGUGGGGUACAUUUGUUGGUAACAAGUACUUACCUGGAUCAUUUACUUAUGCAUAUGGGUUCUUCCAAUUGUUUUCAUUUCAUCUUCCACUUAAUCUUGUCUUGGCACAUCGAAUCGAUAAAAGAUUGCAAUAUAUCAGAAAACCUUCUGCAAAACGAUUUUCCAUUAUUCAAAUAAUAUCGCAGCAUUUAUUCUUCGUGAUGUUAAUAUUAAUGCAAGCAGGUAUGGCAUAUUUCUUUUGGUUAGCAUACGGAACAUUAGCAACGAUACUUUGUCCAUUAAGAACUUGGAGUUUAAUUUUUGCCUGCAUUUUGUGGCAUCAAGUUCACAGAAUGCCAAAAAGAUGCAUGAGGUCAGCAGCAAAGUUAUGGUACAAACAAAUUGUUCAUCUACUAUAAUAAACUUUAAUGAAAUUAUACAAUGAUGAAACUUUGAGGAAAUGUAUUUGCAAUUUUUACAAUCAGACAACUACAAAUUGCACUUCUACCAUUUCCAUAUUUAACUAAUUCUAUGUACGAGAAAGAAAUGAGUCUUUUUUAAAUGAAGAAAAAGUAAAAAAUAAGAUCUGCAUAAAGAAGUACUUUUUUCUUCAUUUUUAUUUUUUUAUGUAUAUAUCGAUUAAUUCUAAUUUCGCAUAGUGUAAAUACGAAACUACGGGACAUUCAUAAAAAGAUUUCAAAGAAAUAAAAUUGUAUAGCCACUGAUUCAGUGUUAUGUACCAAAUCCGUUUGUCUGGCUAAGAUUAUGAGACAAUAUAAAUUUGACUCAAAA